CGAGUGCAGGUGCAUUCAUUCUACACGACUCGAUCUGUGCUGUACGCAAAGUCUAGUGGGCGAUGACUGCUAGCAAAGUGUGACAAGUUGCAUGAGCUCUAACUAUGAAGGUCCUCAUUGUAGGAGUCGUUUGCAUUGUCAUCGUAGCUGUUGUCUUGCUACUUCUCUGGUUGUGUUCUCGAAGCAAACAAUUAAAACGGUUUUUGCAACUCAAGGACAAGGAAAGCACACCUAUUCUUCAACUACCCGAUCUGACUGUAAGUUACAGUAAUACACAGUGUGUGCAGCCUCGUUUCCAGGAAGGAUCUCUGUAUAUGGUGCCUCACUUGAUUGCCGAUGAUGAGAAAGAUGACUUUGAUGGAAAAGAAAAACAACGAUUGGGAGGCAUAGAUCCUGAUGAGUUGCGAGGACGGCUGCAUGGGAUUCUGUCUCCACUCUCUUGUGGAUUGUUGGAUUUUAGUAUUUAUUAUGAUACAGAGACAAAGCAUCUAUACGGAGUGAUAUUUUGUGUAAGAGAGUUGCCUAUGGUUCGAGACCGACUUCCAAAUGCUCUCAUUCAAGUCGAGUUAGCCUGCACUCAACAGUACGUGUAUUGCACUGCUCUGAAACGUGAAUCAAGCAGUCCUAUAUACAACGAGCCUUUCCAGUUUGGUCCCAUUGAUCUUAACGAUCUCGUUACCUUUGGUAUGCUUCAUUUCCAAGUCUUUCAUAUCGAUCACACUUGGAAGGACAGGUGCCUAGCAUUUGUGGACGUUCCAUUGUCUGAUUUUCCGACUGAGGAUUUGAUAGAGGAUGAGCUAAGUAUCUGUCGAGCAUUGAUCAAGUCAGACUCUGAGCCAUUUAUUAGACCACAUCAAGUAUAUAGCAUCUCCAGAUCGUCAUCAACUGAGACAACAUUCACAAAUACUUUGCCUCGAAGUGGUCAAGAAACACCUUAUUUACAGGAAACAUCUCGUUUACAAUACAGACAGCAAUCACCUCAAAUUUAUUUGACAUCAACUACUGGGGCUAAGACGAUGUUAGAAGCAAACGAUGGUGUACGACAACGACGUGCGAGUAUGUCAGAAAUGACGAGUCUAUAUAAACAAUCUCAGUUCUCAAAACAAGUUACGACUAGUUCACCAGCAAUGCUUCAACUGUCACUUUUGUAUGAUAGAGGCACAGCUCGACUCAUUGUCAUUGUAUUAAAAGCUAAAUAUUUACAACUUCAGCCCGGUGGACUGCCACCGAAUGUGCUUCUCAAACUCUAUAUCUACAACACUGUCACACAGCAAAAAUUCUCGAAGAAAGCGGCAGAAAUACAGAGGAGGACGACUGACCCUGUAUUUAAUGAGUCGUUCAGCUUUCGUCUACCCGAGAGUUCACUGAGUGAUUAUCAGCUUGUGAUCUCGAUUGUCGAUGCAACCGAGAAAAGUCGGUUGAGGCAUCGUUCGAUCGGCGAUAUUGUCUUGGGUUGUAAUGUUGAUGGAGAGAGUAACAAGAAACACUGGCUGAGUGCUACACAUGGUGAUGGCAUCGGGAAACAAGUAACGAUGUGGCAUGUUUUCUAACCGAUAACACUCGCCUUCGAUUUUGUUUCUUACGAUAGUAUUUGUAUUGGUGAUCAGGCAGAUUAUUCAGUGAUACUUGCAGCUGUGGGACCACAGUCAGUCUAUAUUCAGCCGAUUCUUGUAGGACAGUUGUGUGCUAGUAAACAUUGUGUCGAGUUCCAAAAAUACAGAAUCUGUACUGCAGCUGCAGGUGUACAUGUAAUGAUGCAU